AUGGAAGAAUACACUACUUUGCUUAGGUGUCCCAAAAUUCAGGUCCGGAAGACUUAUGCUCGGGUUUUUAGUAGUCGGACUUUCGUGAAGAAACUGAUGAGCAUUUCUGGGAUGAGCGAGUCUUGGGUCACUACUCGGAUUCAGCAAAAAGGAGAUAGCAAAUAUAAAAGAAAGAGGGUUGAUAUAUUUGCCUUAAGCAUCUACAGAUUAGUGAUCUUUCCUAAGGCUUUGAGACACAAGGACGAGGCAGUCAUUGACUUGUUUGAUUACAUUGAAAAGGGACUCACACCGGUACCGGCAAUAUUGGCAGAAACGUUCAGAUCUUUGAGCUCAUGUCAGAAGACAGGCAAGGGGCGAUUCAUUGGAUGUGCACAAUUAUUAAUGGCAUGGUUCCACGGGCACUUUUGGAAGGUAGACAAAGUUUCCUAUCGAGUCUUCUCCGAGGGUUAUUUCCCGUUAAAAAAAGAAGCAGCUAUACAAAAGAGAGAGGAUAUCUCAGAGGAGAAGUGGAUGGACAUUCUUCAGAACCUCAAGGAGGGGGAUAUCGAGUGGAGAGCUUAUUGGAUGGUUCCUGACGAGAUCAUGUACCGAUGUGGUAACUUCGAUUGGGUGCCAUUGUUAGGAAUUUGCGGAGCUACCAGGUAUACUCCACUAUUAGCCUUGAGGCAAUAUAAGUCGAGGCAGUUUGUUCCCACGACCUAUGGGCUUGCUCAGAGUGAAUUCUCAUUUAAAGGUGCUCAUUAUAAGAAGAGAGCUCGGGAGUUAUCGGAUGCUUGGAAGCAAACUUAUUGGAUGAAGAGGUUAGCCGUCGGUUCCAUGGUAACGCCCGAGUAUAGCGAGUGGUUUAAGAAGAGGAUUAAUGAUAAUAUUCCUAGGCCCAGCUUGGAGAAUGCUCGACCUAUCAGGGAACAAUUACAUGUCACCCCAUCAGAAUUGGAAAUUAUAAGGCAAGAUUUCAAGAAGAAGAAUUCAGAGCUCGAGAAGAAGAUCUAA